UGUGAAAGCUCGAGGUACUUAGCGUAAACUCUCAUGCGGCCUCGUCGCAACAAUCCUGUUAUUUUGGUCCACACGAAUAAUUCUAGAGGCAUAUUGAAUAAACAAAGACCAUGGAGAUGGAUGCGGUGAACGCCUUUAACGGGGAGAUGUUGUCUAUGAUAGAGAUGACACCACCGAUCUCUCGAGCCAAAAUGAUGUCUGUAACCAAAGCAGGAAUUAAAGCUAUUAAGCUUUACAAGCAUGUUGUUCAAAUCGUGGAGAAGUUCAUCAAGAGGUGUAAACCAGAUCUAAAGGUUGCUGGUCUCUAUGUGGUCGACUCAAUUAUCAGACAGUCCCGUCACCAGUUUGGUGUGGAUAAAGAUGUAUUUGCUCCAAGGUUUUUGAAAAAUUUCAACGCAACAUUUGAGAACCUUUAUCAAUGCCCAGCUGAUGACAAGGUGAAGAUACUGCGUGUGUUGCAGCUAUGGCAGAAGAAUGAGGUGUUUGGCAUGGACAUCAUACAGCCACUGUUAGAUAUGGCCACAGCUCCAGUGCUUCCUGUCUUAGAGAAUGGAACCACAGUCAGCGCUGCGCUGAUGGCAGUACCACAGUCUGCACCUCUGCCUGUACCAGUGCCUGUACCACAGCCUGUACCAGCUGCUGCCACCACGGUAGUGGACCCACACACUGUUCAGAGCCCAGUGGCCCUUGCUGCUGUCACGCAGCUUCUCCAGGGUACUCCGGGCAUAGAGUUACAACAACUGCUCCAGACUCUGCAGCAAAGUGGAGGGGCGGGGCUUUCUCAGCCCAGUGCCCCGCCCACUGAACAGAAGACAUCACUAGCUAAGUCUCUGCUGGAUCGAUUUGACUAUGACGAUGAACCAGAACCAGUUGAGGAAAAAUCCGAACCACCCCCUGCCGCUCCUAUUAUCAUAAACCUCCCCCUUGAAUUACAGCAAGCCCUGCAAGCACACCUUCUAAGCCAAAUAGCUAACCAGAAUCAGAUGCAGGGCCACAUGGCGUCUCAGGAGUUACCCACGUCGCUUCAGGAGUUCUCAGCAACAGUUCGGGAGCAGAUACCAGACAACACACCUCGCACCCAAAAUGACAGCAGCAUUCAGCCCACUACCCAUCAGCCACAGGGUUCAGCUGCUGAGACAGAUCGCACAGUUCGGGACGGGAGAGUUGGAAGACACAAACAAUCAAGAUCCAGGUCUCCACGGAGAGGAUUGGCAUCACGUUCGCAAAGAUCACGGUCUGGGUCACGCUCCCGACACUCAAGACAUCAUCGCACACGGUCCCGAUCCAGAGAGAGGCAAAAACGUUCCCCACGUGCACGAUCGGAGGAAAGGAGAGAGAGGGAGAGGGAGAGAGAGAAAGAUCGAGAGCGCAGACAGAAAGGACUUCCAUCCAUCAAGAAGGAAACUCUGAGUGUUUGCAGUACUACUUUAUGGAUUGGACAGCUGGACAAAAAGACUCUGAAGCAGGACAUCAUGUGCCUGAUGGAGGAGUUUGGACAGAUCGAGUCCAUCAAUAUGAUUCCUCCCAGAGGUUGUGCAUACAUCGUUAUGGUACACAGACAGGAUGCUAACACGGCCCUAAGCAAACUUAGCAGAGGGGCUGCCAAAGUCAACCAGAAAGCUAUUAAGAUCUCUUGGGCGUUAAAUAAGGGCAUAAAGACAGAGUUUAAGAAGUUUUGGGAUGUUGAGCGCGGCGUCACUUACAUCCCCUGGGAUAAAGUGAAACCCGAUGAAAUCCAGAGUCUUCGAGAAGGAGGCAUGUUCGACACUGAAACACUCAAAUCAGAGUGGAAUGUUGUUCUGACCAAUCCAGUUGUGCCAGUCUCAGGAGGACCUGAAGGAAGACAGGGGGAUGGAGCUGCACUCCCAGCGGUACAACAGGUAAAAUAUGAGUGGUUUCUUUUGGAACCCCUCAAAGGUAUUGAGUGUCAGGUUCAGAUUUUCUGCUCUUGUGUUGUCAUAUCUUUGGCAUUUGUGGGGCAAACAGUGUUUCUGUGUUAUUUUCUGUGCUCUGAGCGUUUCGUGCAUGGUUGCCAUCAUUUCUGGCAAAUGAAGAAUCAUAGAGCACAAAAUAAAACAAAGUUAGUGUCAUGACUGUCUAUUUUCUUUACGUGUUUCAGUGGCGUCACUCUCAGUGACCGUUUUUGUCACAAUAUUGUCAGUAUCCCGCUGUUCUGUAGACCAGGUUUUGCAUGCAUGCAUGUAUGCAGAUGUAGCCAGUCCAUGAUGAUGCACAUUUUGCACACACUGUUAAUUUUCUGCCGUAGGAGAUGUAGAAUCAAAAACUAACGCUUUUCUGUAUUUAUUUAUUUUGAUGGUUGAUAUGGAUUACAAAUGUGUUGAUACUCUGUUUGCUGCUUAAUGUCUGGACCAGAUGACUACAUUAGAAAAAAAAAAAAAAAGAAGAAGAAGAAUUUCUUUAGAGUUGCAGAUAGGGAUGGGCACGAGUACUCGAGGACUCUGGUACUUGGACGUGGCAACAAUGAUCGAUAGUGAUCAUGCAUGAUGUGACUUUUCGCUUAAUUCGAAAUCCAGUAACAUUACCUGACAAUUGUGUCAAAGAGGGAGCCAAAUUUGUAAUUUUGAGAUCAAUUACGUUGUGAUUUUGAGGGUUACAUUGAUUAUCAGAGACUUCUCAUGGCAAACAAACUGAUACGAUGCUGCAAUGCUAUCAUUACAUAUAAUCAAAACAAAGAGUGUAAUUAACUGUGUUUUGACAACAUGUCUCUGUAAAAUGUAUGCUAAACACUUUAUUAUCAUUUAAAGUAAGAACUUUGACUCGUUAAUGGAUAUUAUUUAAUAAAAGUGAAUGAUUAUCACUGACCAAACCUCCCUGCGUGAAGUAACACACACCUGCAUCUUGACAAAAUGAAUGAAGAUUUCCGCUCGAGUUUCCAAGUGGCACUUUCCUCAGUUGAAUGGUGGAAAUUUCGACUCCAAGUUGAAUGGUAUGCUUCAUGAAUCGCAGCAACAACAAUACAGAGCAUUGCGGCUUUCCUCACAAGAGCGAACAUUUGGACACACCAGGUGCAUGUGACCGUGUACAGCAGGCGAGUGUUUCAAACAGCUGGACAGAGCGCAGUUGAAUGGAACACAAUGCAGCAUCUUCAAAACUGAACUUAAACUUAACACUCAUAUUAAAACGCAAUGUUAUGGUGUCUCCUGUUAUUUGAAAAUAUACUGUUCAGACAGUCAUUAAAAAAAACUGGUGCGCACUUACAAAGAUUAUUAUGGUAACCUGAAGGAAGAACAGACAGACGCACGUUAUAUUUACAUUUACAUUUAUGCAUUUGGCAGACGCUUUUAUCCAAAGCGACUUACAGUGCACUUAUUACAGGGACAAUCCCCCCGGAACAACCUGGAGAUAAGUGCCUUGCUCAAGGGCACAAUGGUGGUGGCAGUGGGGUUCGAACCAGGGACCCUCUGAUUAACAGCCCUGUGCUUUAGCCACUACGCCACCACCACUCCAUAUUUUACAUUAUAUAUUAUAUUAUACAUUUUGUGCAUUUUGUAACCGAUUAAUUUAUAGCAGCCUUUAAUAAUGAAUAGUUGAUACACUGGAACCAGACACAAUGCAGCAGCCAUAGACGUUUGUCAGACAUGUUGUUAUGGACAUGUAAUUGCCCCUUGAGUACCCGACGAGUACUAGAGUAAUUAGUCCGAGUACUUGAGUAGACAAAAUGACCCAAAUGCCCAUCCCUAGUUGCAGACUAAAUUUGUUUUUGUGUGGAAGGCAGGUUAAAAAUUUAUUUCUUGAAUGAGAGCUUGUUGAAUGUUCAUACUUUCAACUGGAGUCCAUCCCCAUGUCUUUUUAUCUUCUGGAUGAAACUGAAGCUGCGAGAAGACGUGUGGUAAUACUAAUCACCGAUUAAUUUGAGAGAAAAGAACUGCAUUCUGGAGUAAUACAGUUGUACAUCAAAUUCAAGUUCAUACCGGCAUUACAAAAUAAUGUACAAAUAAUUUGAACAUAUGGAAGCCCAAUGAGUCUUGUAUUCUCAAGAUCAUGGCUUGUUUUUCUCAAUGUAAUGAAAGUUAACUUGACAUCUUGAGAAUAGAAGAUCGAACAUAACCUCUGGAUAUCUGACCAAAAUUAAAUAAUGGUUAGCCUCAGUAUUUACAUCCAGAAUGUUUAUAAACAUUGAACCCACAAAUUAAAAUCACAAUAUGUCCGAGUAAGUUUAUUUAACCGCAAAAGCUGCUAUUUAAUGAGAUGAAUAUAUAGUUUGCAUGUAAUUCAAAUGUGAGCGCUUGUAAAUGUGGGAAGACAGUGUUGUGCUCACGCCAGCAGCUCAUAACUUUUUAAGGCUCAUACAGGGUAAACAACGCCAUGAGUAUCACAUGCUCUGUAGUAGAUUAAAGUAAACAUUGUUGCACGAGGCACAUUUAGAGUACAUAUUAAAUAGCAGCCUUUUGCGGUUUAAUAAUCACUUUGAGUCACAUUGCGACAUGCUUUUCCAGAGUUGCAAGCUGCUAUUAUAAUGUCAGAGCUCCUUCUUUGGUUUAAACAACACAGAAACACUUCAAAAUAAAAGCGCCAUCAAAAUAAAAGCUACAUUUAUUGGGGAAAAUGAUGACUACUGUAAAGUUGUAAUAAUAAUAAUAGUAAUAAUAGAUCAGUAGUAAUUGUAUUAUACUUGAGCAGUAUCUAACAUCUGUGAUGCUCUGUUAUGCAGCACUUUAUUUGACAAAAUAUAACUCCAAAGCUGUAUUUUGGAUUGUGCUUUGAGGUUCUGUAUAUAAGCACUUAAUUUUAUAAAACAUAAUGCUGAAGUAUGUUGAAAACUAAUUGUUAUUAAUUAUCAUUUAUGUUUGAGUUAUAGUUUUAAUUAACUAAUUUAUUCAAACACCAUUUUAUGAGGAAAUUGAAAUAAACUGUUGAC